AAAAAAACCCACAACCCACAAUCCCGCUCAUAAGACAUUUUAGUAUCUAUCUAGGUAGAUGACGAAACGGAACGAACGGCGGACAUAUCCCGAUUCCCGACGCAAGCAGCAAGAACUUUGUUGAAGGCAUCCAACCACUCCCCUGGAAGAGAAUACGAUGAUGCUCCCCCCCCCCUCCUCUAUACUAUCACAUGGUUCGGCGGACCAAAGCCAACAGUGAAACACUGGCGGGAAAUUCUCGAUCGAAGCGCCUCGGCGGAGACGGUCAGACAAGCGGAUAUGACACGUUGUUUUCGACCGUUUUUCACCAAUCGACAAUCCUGGUACGGUUGGUGACAUCCACGGUAAGGAUCGGCCAGGAUCAAGAACCUUCAUGUUCGAUAACCGCUCGGCCGGAACGCGCUCGCAUGGGAAAAGCGCAUCGAAUACCUCAUUCACUACCCCUUCAAGGGCUGGCACUGCGCGUGGCUCUUCCCAUUGAUCGACCAUUGCGGGCGGGUUUAGACUUGCGCUUAGACAUAAGCCAAAAAGGAAAAUAUAUUAAACGACCCGACUAACGGCUGAUUAGGCCGAUACUAUUACGAAGUAAUGUGUCACUUGAUUCCAAAACAUCAUCACGGAGGCAUCUCAGUCACUUUGCUCCGUCAUGACUUUCGCUUCUUUCCCCACAGGGGCAUUGAUUGGCCCCUCGCAAUUAAAUGCUGGGGCCGUUUCUCGGCGAGCCCCAACCGAAGGUUACCUUUGGUUGGAAAAGCAAUUCCAGGAACCCUGAUUUGGGACAGGCGGGUAAGUUCUACGAGCAGUCGCCGACAUCGCACGCGAUUCUGGCCCCUGAUGGAGGGAUGGCUGGACGGGAUUUGCAGGGUAGGCAGCUUGGGAACUCCACCACCUCACCAUUGGACCUUUUCCUUCAUAUAUUCUGAUAUUGCUCUUCAUAUUACUCAAUUAACAGAGUUUGAACCGAGUGUCUCAACCCAAGACCUCAAUUCUUCAGGAUCAGGCGAUCGACUGGUCUCCACGUGUCAUGGCACUUUUAUCGAUCCUGCUAGUCUUCUCCAACGACUCCGUAGUUCGGGAUACCAUAUGGCCAGUGGGUAUCUACAUGGGCUCCCAGUAAACUGGGGACUUCCAUGGACCAGGAUUAGGGAAAAAUUUUUUUAAUUAAUUAUCCCUCCGGCCUAGGUGGAUAGCGUGGCGCGGCCGAUAAAGAAAGCGCCCGAGUGAACCAAUCUGGUACUUUGUAUGGACGUCGUCGGUUCAACGCUGUGAGCCCUAGUUUGUCAUUCCUCUAAUAAGCAUUGAACAAUGCACAUACCACAAACAACACCCCUCCCCCCCAAAAAAAAAGAGAGGGAGGGGAAAAAAUAAAGGCCGAUCAGAACCAACGGGGACAGAAUCGGGGCACAUCGAUUGGAAGAUCUCUCCUGACUCACUUGGUAUCAUGGUACCCGACAAUCUGGUCGCUAAGCGCCUCCAGUUGGGUUAGUCUCUUCCGCAGAGAGUCUAUGGUUCCAUCCUCGGAGCCGGGAUACCCAAAAUAUUUCCCCUCCUGAGCUCAACAAUUUCUAAGCCAAACCUCAGUUAAGUUAAGUAACACAUUCGCUCUCCGAUUGAGUCGUAAAACCAUACCUCAUUGGGUAAUUGAUCUGCUAACCGUUGAAGAUCUGUGGAUGGGCUUUCAGGGACUAUGCUGAAAUGGGGGAUAGUCCUGCCCACCGGCGAAAGGCAUCAAACAAUGGUUUGAGACACUAAAAAGGAUGCGCCUGAUCUCCCGUUUGAUUAUUAUUAUUAUUAUUAUUAUAAUUACUAUUUAUUAUUGUUUUUUCUUUUUUUUUCUUUGUGGUCUAUU